CAAACAUCACAGCACGGGAACCAUUCACUUUGUCUGAUUUAUUAUAAGAUAAACUGAACCAUCCACGCUUUCGACCUCUCUUUACCCUCCUCAGAGACAGUUUCAUUCAUUUUGAAAAGGGAAGUGAAUCAACGUCAAGUUCUCGAUUGAAAUGGGAAUUUACUCGGAGGCCCAUAUUUGCCAGUGUUUUAGCCGCUUGGUCACCCAAAAACGAAACUCCGUCGUUACAAUCAGCUGCGGUCGCCAGAAAACAGGCCAGCAGUUGGUCGAGUGCGUGCUGAGUCUGGCUCGUAGCCUGCUCCAACUGGGCCUCCAAAACGGUGAUGUUGUUGCAAUCUCUGCUUUCAACAGUGAUUGGUAUCUAGAGUGGCUACUAGCUGUUGCAUAUGUUGGAGGCAUAAUUGCUCCUUUGAAUUAUCGAUGGAGCUUUGAAGAGGCAAGAAUUGCAAUGGUAACUACAAGGCCAAAAAUGUUGGUGACAGAUGAGAGCUGUGACUACUGGCAUUCUGCACUCCAGAGUGAUGGUAUACUGUCUUUAAGGUGGCAUGUCUCAUUGAGCCCCCCUUCCUCAGAUUUUAUAAACAAAUACAACAUAUUAACCAUGGCAAUGCUUGUGGAGCAAUCUUUAAGAUCUGGAUCUAUGAAUUACUCAUUUGCACCUGAGGGUGCUGUUGUAAUAUGCUUCACUUCAGGAACUACUGGGAAGCCAAAGGGAGUUGUCAUAAGCCAUACAGCUUUAAUUGUACAAUCCCUGUCAAAAGUUGCAAUUGUUGGUUACAGUGAGGAUGAUGUUUAUUUGCAUGCUGCUCCCUUGUGCCACAUUGGUGGCUUGUCCUCGGCCAUGGCCAUGCUAAUGGUAGGAGCUUGUCAUGUCUUUAUACCCAAGUUUGAAGCUACACUAGCCCUUGAAGCCAUAGAACGACACCAUGUGACUUCUCUAAUCACUGUCCCUGCAAUAAUGGCUGAUCUUAUCUCGUCAAUCAGGCUGAAGCAAAGUUGGAAGGGAAGAGACAAUGUGAAGAAGAUAUUAAAUGGAGGAGGAGGCCUAUCACACAACCUUAUUAAAGAUGCAACCAAGUUCUUCCCAAGAGCAAAACUUCUCUCAGCUUAUGGGAUGACGGAAACUUGUUCUUCUCUAACCUUCACGACCCUCUUUGAGCCAAUGCUUGAGGCCUCUGGUACGUCACUGCAGAUGCUUGAAAAAACAAAUUCAAGUCCAGUCAAAUCACAAGGUGUUAGUGUUGGCAAGCCUGCUCCACAUGUUGAAAUAAAGAUAUGCAUGGAUGGCUCUUCUCAUGUUGGAAGAGUUCUAACUAGAGGUCCACAUGUAAUGCUAAGAUACUGGGAUCAAAUUCCUGAGAAGGCAUCAAAUUCUACAGAAGCUUGGCUAGACACCGGUGACAUUGGGCUUAUUGAUGACCAUGGUAACAUAUGGCUUGUUGGACGAACAAAUGGUCGAAUCAAAAGUGGAGGAGAAAGUAUCUACCCUGAAGAGGUGGAGGUGGUGCUAAUACAACAUCCAGGAGUUCUUUCUUCCAUUGUUGUUGGAAUUCCUGAUUCUCGCCUAACAGAGAUGGUUGUCGCAUGUAUUCAAUUAAGAGAGAAUUGGCAAUGGUCCUAUAACAGUUCUAAACAUUUGUUUCAAAGCAACGACCUUUUCCUGUCUAGUGAGAUUCUUCACUAUUAUUGUAGAGAAAAGAAUUUAACCAGGUUUAAAAUACCAAAGAAAUUUAUUUUAUGGAGGAUCCCAUUCCCACAAACAAGCACCGGAAAGAUAAGAAGAGACCAAGUUAGAAGAGAAGUUAUGUCCCAGCUACAAUCUUUGGCUAGCCAUCUUUGACACUUUAUUUCAGAUGAAAUUUUGUUCCAUAGCAGGAAAGGAAACAAGCAACUCUUUUGAAGCUACAAUUGGUUUAUAGUACACUUCAACCUAAGGUGAUAUUGGAAAGAUUGAUGAAAAUAAAUUUUAAUCAAAUUAUUUUGAGUUUUUUGAAUCAAAUUUAAUGGUAUACAAAUUAUUUGAGUCUUAUUUUUAAGCCUACAGCAUGACGUCUUAUCUGUUCAAAUUUUAGAGUCUAACAUAAUAAUUUACUCAAAUAUUGAUGUAUAUUCUAGUUUAAAAGCAAUAAUUUAAUUGGAUUAGUUUAUCCUGGCUUGUUCUUUUGGGUUGAAAGUAACCAUUAAUUGAUGUUCUACUUAUUGUUGUUUUGUAUUCUACUUAUUUAUUUAUUUCUAUCAUUCUUUCAAGGCAAGUUGGAUUUUUUACUGAUGUUUUGAUGGCAAUGGUUUUACACAAAUCAUGGGAUUGCUAUGCUUGUUUGAAAUUGUAAAUGAUAUCCUAUU